AUGACAACAAAAGUAAAAAGAGUUCAAACAUUCGGAAAAAAGAAAACUUCUGUUGCUGUAGCUACUGUAACCAAUGGAAAAGGAUUAAUAAAAUUAAAUGGUAAAAAUUUAGAUUUAGUUGAACCAUAUAUUUUAAGAACAAAAGUAUAUGAGCCAUUAUGGUUAAUUGGAUCUUCAAAGUUAAAAAAUUUAGAUAUUCGUAUAAGAGUUAAAGGAGGUGGUCAAACUUCUCAAAUUUACGCAAUAAGACAAGCUAUUGGUAAAGGAAUAAUUUCAUACUAUCAAAAAUAUGUUGAUGAAUCUACAAAAAAAGAAUUAAAAGAUAUUUUAUUAAGAUAUGAUAGAACAUUACUAGUUGGAGAUACAAGAAGAUGUGAACCAAAAAAAUUUGGUGGAAAAGGUGCUCGUGCAAGAUAUCAAAAAUCAUACAGAUAA